AUGGAAAGAUCUUCAAUUCUGUAUCAGAGCGAUGACGGGUCAAUACUUGUUCUCGACAUUCCACGGUCACUGGAGGAGAGCCAGACGCUGCCUGGACAGAUCCCUCUCUCACGACGCCUCAUAUCGGCUCAACCCAUCACCGAGCCAUAUGUGACGCCUGAGCCGAAAAGGGUUCGUGGCGGUCACGCGACGCUUGCCGGAGCCCAGAACAAGUCGCCUGCCGCGCAGAUAGCCGACCUCAUGACUGGAGCCGUGGCUCAGGAUGCCCUGGACUAUUGCAGUCACCAUUUCCACGCAGAAUACUGCUUGCCUCGACUGCUAGAGGGUCCGCCUGUAGCCGGUGAAAUCUUCACGCCUGCUGGUGCACGAAGCCUCCAUGGCUCGCUGCAAGAGCUGAGCGACCACGUCCGAGAAGACGCACCAGUAUUUGAUCUUAUCAUGAUGGACCCGCCGUGGCCGAAUAGAUCUGUCCGCCGCAAGACUGACAACUACUCGACCGUCUACAGGCUUGAAGAUAUGCAGCACCUCUUGCACCAUAUCCCAGUGCCAUCGCACUUGUCACAUAGUGGCCUGGUGGCCGUGUGGAUCACUAACAAGUCCAGCAUUCUCGACUUUGUCAAGGAGCUGCUCGCGUCGUGGCGGCUGGAGCAAGUAGCGGAGUGGACAUGGCUCAAGGUGACCGCCUCGGGCGAACCAAUCUAUCCCAUCAAUUCAGAAUGGCGCAAACCCUGGGAGAAGCUCGUCAUUGCCAAGCGCGUUGGUGCGGCGACGCCCGCUGGACUACAACCCAAAACGAUCAUUGCUGUCCCCGAUCUUCAUUCAAGAAAACCCAACCUGCAGCGACUCUUUGCAGACAUCUUGCCUCCCCAGUAUCGGGGGCUCGAGGUCUUUGCGCGUAACUUGACGGCUGGCUGGUGGAGUUGGGGCGACGACGUGCUCAAGUUCCAGCAAAAUGUACAUUGGUCUUCGCCGGAUGAUGCAGACCGCCCGUAA